ACCUAACCUACCUUACCUAACCACCUCCAUACCGGACCUGCACACUGCCCAGCAAAAACAGACGACACCCCGCCAUCAUGAUUCAACUCAAGACAAUGGUCAAUGUCAUCGACAAUUCCGGCGCCGCCAUAGCAGAAUGCGUCAAAGUCCUCAAACGCAAAACCCCCGCGCGCGUCGGCGACCGCAUCAUCGUCGUUGUCCAAAAACAACGCAACUUUGGACCCGAAAGCGGUGGAGGUGGAGGUUCCGUGUCCGUGUCCGCUGCCAAUAAAGUGCGACGAGGAGACAUCAGACAUGCCGUGGUGGUGCGCACGAAGAAAGAGUUUGUGAGAAAGGAUGGAAGUGUCGUGAAGUUUGAUGAUAAUGCCUGUGUGCUGAUCAACAAAGGAGGAGAGCCCAUUGGGACGAGAUUGAACGGGAUUGUUGCGAGGGAGGUGAGGGACAAGGGGUGGAGUAAGAUUUUGAGCUUGGCCCCGAUGCAUUUGUAGAAGAGGGAAUCGGCACAACAGAGGAGAGAGGUGGAGGGGAUACGAGAGGGCAUGGAAUCGUUGGCAAGAAGUGGUCAACGGCUGGUGGCAGCGUCAAGUCGAGAUGCCGGGAAGGCGAGACUCCACGGUAUCUGGCGCAUCGCAUUCGAGGGCUGCAUACAUCAUGGCCGCGCUGCCGUUCCUGUUCUGUGGAGGGCGCAUGCAGGGAGACGAAGCUGGCAGGACCAAGAGAAGACUGCGAUGCAAGACUCUACCUAGCAGCUGGAAAGUGCCGGCUCGUCGACCGGACGAGCCACAUUGGACGUGACUGGGAAUUUGUGUUCGAUUUGGUUAUGACAAAGCGUGGAGUUCAAGGGUGCGCUGGAAUUUCCACUCACAUCAGCGGAGCGAAAGCGAUUGUGACAUAUAGGUGAGUGCUACACAUCAUUCAGAGCCCAUUUUUAGUAAGGUAGGUAGAUCCAAAAGGAGCUCUCGCCGCAUCA